CCUGAUCACAGUUUGUUUUUUGUUUUGGUUUCCUCCUCUGGCGCGCUGAAAUGACGUCAUUGGACACGGGACGUGAGUUGGUGACAGGGGUGUGGAAAAAGAAAGCGUUGCAAUCUGCAUAAGUAAAUCCUUAAACAUGUACCUGUUGGCAGACCGAGCUGAAUGGUACCACCCGACGUCUCGUGAUGACGUGUGCCGUUCGGCGGGUAAUUUUCGAGGCGGUGGUGCUGCUCUGAAGUAAACAAACAAACAAACAGAGAGACGGAGGGAAGCGGGAGCUCCGGGGUGAUGAACUGCGAGCAGCUGCAGCUCUGCCCGCGGGUCAGCGCCGCCCUGAGGAGAGUUCACAUGAAGUCUGUGCAGGAUGUGGUCUGUGUUUCUGGUCCAGACCUGCAGAGGCUCACCGGUCUGUCCUAUUCUGAUGUCCAGCAGCUGAUCACAGCUGCUGCUGCCGCCUGCAGGAGGAACCCUCCAAUUACAGCUUUGCAGCUGCAGCGUGGGAUGUCUGGUGCCCGGCUCAGCCUCGGCUGUCCGGUUCUGGACCGGCUGCUGAGGGGUGGUCUGCCUGUGGGGGGCGUCACUGAGCUGGCUGGAAAGAGUGGCGCUGGCAAGACUCAGCUUGGCCUGCAGCUCUGCCUGUCAGUGCAGUACCCAGCAGAGCAUGGAGGGCUGGGAGCAGGUGCGCUGUAUGUCUGCACCGAGGACUCGUUUCCAAUUAAGCGUCUGCACCAGCUGAUCGGCGAGCAACUGGCUCUACGUUCUGAUGUUCCAGUGGACCUUAUAGAACGUCUCCACUUCAGCGACCACGUGUAUAUUGAGCACGCUGCCGACCUGGACUCCCUCCAGAUGUGCCUGAACCGCCGCGCCCCCCUCCUGCUGGCUCGCGGACUAGUGCGCCUCAUAGUGGUCGACUCGGUGGCAGCGCUGUUCAGGGCCGAGUUCCAGGCUGAUGAUUGGCUUGAGAGAAACCGACAGCUGCUCACUUUCUCCUCCACGCUGCAUCGCCUGAGCCAGGAGUUCAGCACACCUGUGCUAUGCAUCAACCAGGUAACAGAUGUUUUCAGCCAAUCACACGACCAUAUGGGGCCUCUGUCCUCCAGCGUGUCCCCCGCUCUCGGGUUGGCGUGGGCCAAUCAGGUGAUGGUCCGGCUGAUGAUCAGCCGUCUCCAGGAAAUGGUUGCCCGUAAUGACCAGCGCAGCGCUCUCCGCAGGUUGGAGGUGGUGUUUGCGCCUCACCUGGCACAUGAUGGACAAAACGCCGCUGUGUGGAGGGAGGGGCUAAGAGGAGUCGAGAGCUGGACUUCAAAUACAAAAUAAAUUUUAUUUAAACAGCA